CAUUCUGAUUUACUGGUGGAAGCGUCUUGUGUUUGGCUACAUUUUAUUCCUUCCCUUGCAUGUGAGACCAAAGGUUUGUUUCCUAUAGCUUGAUAUCUUCCAAAAGAACAUUCCCUUUUAACAUAAUUUGUGGGCAAAGUAUUCUCAAAUGGGGAACUAGCGAACAAAUGCCUACUCUGGAUGGUUACUUGAGUCAAAUAUCAAAUGAAUGGUCAUAUAUUGCUAAUAUAAAACUCUCCGGGUAAAUCUUAAUUUAAUGUAGCAGCUAUCUAAAAAGCAAUUUUUUUAAAAGAGUCUCAUUUAUCUGGGGAUUUAGUGACAUGACUUUUUCAGCGUGCAGUGUUCUUGACGUCCAGAUCUCAUGAACAGAGAUCGACGUAUUUUCAUAGCAUGCAUUGAUUUUAGUCGAUCGACAGCUGUAGUCAUCGUUUUACUCGAGCGUAAUAUGUAUCCCACUCUGGAGAACGGAAGACGAGUUUGUGAAUGACGCGGACUCAGGCGGGUGACUCACAGGUUCCAGUUCAGUGUGAGGGGCUAACUGUAAAUCAAUUAUUUCAAUUUUUAUGGUGAUAAUUUUUUAAACAAUUAGUCAGGGCUUUGUCUGGGAAAGGGGCUGUAGGGCGAGAGCCUGCGUGCCAAACAGACGGUGGUUAGAGGUCUUAUUCGUAACGGUAACCGUUUUUAUUGAAACCAUUGCCACAUCAUUCCAUAAACGUGCGAUUUGUAUGGCAAACGAGGUGCCCAGUACCGAGUUGUCUAUGGCCAAGAUUCGCCUGUGUUUCGAUAUUGUCGGGGAAGCUUGCUAAAUGGAUUUUUCUUACACCAAUUUUUUUAAUUGAUAAAAUAAUGGGAAGUCGAUGCUUGUUCGAACCGCUAAAACAUGGGACGUGAGAUGCCUUUUCGACCGAAGCCGAAUGAGACUCUGGCAAGACAGGACUCACUCAUGGCCAGUGUUGCAUCGACUGCUUCAUCCACUAAAGAGACAACAAACUAUGCCAGGUUGUGCCGUCUCCUGGUUGACAUUGGAACCCAGGCUCUUCGAGACACGUUAGAUGCCAUCCAUGCACCAGCUAAUCUGCCCACAGUUUUGGCAGCAAACAAACCCACCUUACAAUCUCUUAGAAAUAAAAAGAUUAUCAAUCCAAUACAAUGGGGAAAACUUUUCCCUGUCAUCCCUACUUCAGUGUCUUCACGUGACUUUGACACAACUUUGCUGAUGGUUGUGUUACGGAACCUGUCCGGCUUAACUGCUCCGCUUACCGGAUGGGACGCAUUGCCCGCCGUAACAGACCUCAGCAAGGAAGCGGACAUUGCCCGCGUUAAGUAUUUUAGGAACACUGUGUACAGUCACGCUGAGAAAGCUUCUGUUGAUGAUAUCAAGUUCAAUGACUAUUGGCGUGACAUCCGGGACACUCUGGUCAGACUAGGAGGCAUCACGUAUGAGGCUGCUAUCGAUAAUCUUAGAAACGAAUGCAUGGACCCUAAAGUUGAAGAUCACUACACGAAACUACUGGGUGAGUGGAAAAAGGACGAGGACAACAUUAAAGAUCAACUGAAUGAAAUUAAGAAGAGACUUGAUACCCUGACAGCUCCAGAAGAAGCGAUCGAUCAGGGUCAACCACACCAGCCACGUAAUCAGAUCUCAUGCGGUGUUACCACUUGCAAAGAGAGCUUUCACGUGAACAAACCACUUGACCUCUAUUGCCAUAAGUGUCAAGCCUGUUUUUGCCCGAGAUGUGGGCAAUCAGCUCAUGGUAGAGUUGUUCAGGGCAACACUGAUCAUUCACAAUCAACGACCAGAGGAAAAGGUUUGGUAGAAGCGGAACAGGGCGCCGAAGCUAACUUCACAAUAAUUACGCGAGAUUCAAGAGAACGACUGUUCUAUGACGAGCGGGAGCAAGUGACUGUCACUGUUAGCUCUCAAACCGGAAAUGAGGAGGUACAAGUCGUAGAUUGCAAAGAUGGUCAUUAUCGAGUAUGUUACAAACCAAAGAGUGUUGGUCGACACGACAUUGAAAUUAGGGUGAAUGGAUGGUCGCUGACUGGUAGUCCCUGGAAAGUCGAGGUGAAGCCACAUCAGUACAAAGUAGUGAGAUCGUCUGGGUCAGGAGAAUUAAGCGGACCAUACUGUAUCGCAAAGAAUGAAAUAACUGGAGACAUUGCAGUUGCAGAUUAUAUAAACAAAAGGGUCCAGGUCUUUGAUAAGGACAUGAAACAUGUGAAGACGAUAAUAGGAGGUAAGGCAGACUCACAACGUUGGGCCAACAUAGGUUGUCCUGUUUCAGUGGCAUUCUCAAAGAGCAAUGACAUCAUGGUUACCCAUGAGCAAUUCAGAUCACAAAAUAAGAAGCUUUCAGUUAUAACUGAUCGUGGCCUCUUCAUCGAACAUUUUACUAAACAUCUGAUUAAAGCACAUCAUGUUUUUGUCAAAACUGAAGAUGGCCACGUGAUCGUUUGCGAUGAAGGUGACAGAAAGAUAAAGGAAAUCUCCUCAGACGGGAAAGAAUUGCUGCUGGCCUUCUCUGCCCCGGAUAGUGAAGUGAACCCAAGCUUUCCAUAUUUCUAUCGUGGCAUGUUCUUUGUUUCCUAUAUGAGAGCACACUGUGUGAAGGUCUUUGAUAAGAAAGGAGUGUUUCUUUAUAACAUUGGUAAUGAGGGUUCUGGUGAAGGAAAGCUGAGAUAUCCCGAGGGACUUUCUGUAGACUUCUGUGGCAACCUGAUCGUGUGUGACGCUAGUGGUUUUGAUCAAAAUCUCCACCGCAGUGGCGUCUUGAAAAUGUUCACCUUGGAUGGAGCAUUUCUCACCUCAUUUGGAGAGGAUACGUUCAAAGUUCCUUGGAUCGUGUCUAGCUGCAAUAAUGGCGAACUGCUCGUUGCUGAUGUAGUCGGGGAUAGUGUUCAUAUUUUACGAUAACCCGUUUGCUCUCUUGCGAAAUGAAACACAAAUGAAACAACUCUUCAGUCGAUCUUAAAAUUGCUUCAAUAAUUCAUCUUCCUUUUUCUUGUUAAACAAAUCGCCCUUAAUGUUAUUCAUUAAUGGCUUAGUAUAAAACGUACUUUUAUUAAACAUUGUAGGCUACGUAGUCAAGGAAGACUAGAUUGCAAAUUGAGUGAAAUUAACAAGAAUUACAGUUUUUCCUU